AUGGCUUACAGUUAUUAUGAUCCAAUUGAAUCUGCUUUUGCUCAAGCGGAUAGAAAUCGAGACGGAGUAUUAGAUCGAAAUGAAUUUCGAAAUUUUCUUGAUUUUCAAAAUGCUGAUCGUAAUCGUGAUGGACGUGUUAGCUAUGCUGAGUUUGCCAACAUAGCUGCACCAAAUCUUAAUAUUCAUCCAAGAUAUACGGCACGAGCUUUUCAAAUCGCUGAUCGAAAUCAUGAUGGUGUUUUAGAUCAACAAGAAUUAGCCGAUUUCUCCGAUUUUCAACAUGCUGAUAUAAAUCAUGAUGGUCGCGUUGACCAAGCUGAAAUGCGUUUGUUUCUUCAUCACAAUCAAAUGAAUAUGUAUUCACCUUAUAAUUAUGGACAACAACCAUACUAUCGAUAUUAA